AUUCAACGCCACAUUUCAAUCAUUAGACGAUGCAUUCUCCGUAUAUGGGAUCAAGUUCUCAUUUGUUCAUUAGGGAAGCCUGUCCGCUAUCGCCGCGUGUUGUCACACCGGUCUCCAGCUACCGACGAGACAAUGACAAGCGCAACACCACUACCGAUAUGUCAUAACCACCACGAUAACGAUUCAGACUUGGUAGCUUUAAAGAUUAGCCUCUUAGGCGAUUGUCAGAUUGGAAAGACAAGUUUUCUGGCAAAGUAUGUGGGAAAUGAGAAAGAUGAGGGAGUGAAGCAUAACAACGGUUUGAAAUUGAUGAAAAAAACAUUGAUGGUUAAGGAUGCACGUAUUUCUUAUAGUCUCUGGGAACUAGACGGUGAUGAAGGAUUGGAGCAGCAAAUUCCGGUGGCUUGCAAGGGAUCUGUGGCUAUUUUGAUCAUGUUUGAUCUAACUAGUCGGGUCACUUUAAACAGUGUUAUAAGGUGGUACCAAGAAGCAAGGAGAUGGAAUCAGACCGCAGUUCCUGUUAUAAUAGGAACCAAGUUUGAUGAUUUUAUCCAGCUCCCGAUAGAUCUACAAUGGGCAAUUGCAAGCCAGGCAAGAGCAUAUGCCAAGGUUCUAAAUGCAACUCUCUUCUUUUCAAGUGCGACCUAUAACAUCAAUGUGAAUAAGAUUUUCAAAUUCAUCACAGCAAAGCUCUUUGACCUGCCCUGGACCUUGGAGCGCAAUCUCACCAUUGGAGAACCUAUUAUUGAUUUCUAGAAGUUAUAUUUAGCACGUAGCAAAGCCCCUUUCAUU